AUGGACGGAACCUCACGAUACAUUUUUCAACCUCGGCAACACAAAAAAGGCUCUGUGGAAAGAGGUGAAGUUUGGGAAAGCCUUGCUUGUCACCUUGGAAGAUCGAGUGACCCAAAGUUUCGUGUAACGCAGCGCUCAGUGAAUGAGAGAGACCUGCUUCUUGAAAGGCGCUACAGAAACAAAGUUUCCGAGGACGAAAAGGCCUCAGGAACGUCUCCCGAGCUAAGCAAAGUGGACGUGAUGAUGGAGGAAAUUGUCUCCCUGUUUGAGGAAGCAGACAGGCUUAAUGAUUCGAAGAGGAGAAAAAUUCAAGAAAGAGGCUCUCCAAGCAGAAGAAAUGAGAAACACAAGUUUGGAAACAUUUAA